UACCCAUAAAUCACUGCUGUCGGCAGCGCAACCAACGGAAGGUUUUGACACCGUGCCGGCAAUCGGACUGAGGCGACUCUAGACCUCCGCAAAAGCUGAAUUUUAUCGGUGGUUCAGAAAUCACUUCUUUGACUGGAAUUCCAAUCAGCCUGGACUCACUCCUCUGUAAUUACCUCAGUUGGAUACUGUGGGAAGGUGGGGAGGUUGACGCACUGUUGACAUUGCCAUGACUACUUUCCGGUUUGGACAGCACAUCAUCAAGGCCUCGGCUGUCUUCCUGAAGACGGAGCUGUCGUUUGCCGUGGUCAACCGGAAGCCAGUGGUGCCUGGACAUGUUUUAGUGUGCCCCCUGCGUCCCGUCGAGCGCUUCCGUGACCUCAGCCCAGACGAGGUGGCUGAUUUGUUCAGCACGACGCAGCGAGUGGCCAAUGUUGUGGAGCAGCAUUUCUGCGGCACCUCUUUGACCAUAGCCAUUCAGGAUGGCCCUGAAGCCGGACAAACUGUGAAGCAUGUUCACGUCCAUCUGCUACCAAGAAAGACUGGGGACUUUGAAAGAAACGACAGUGUCUACGAUGAGCUCCAGAAACAUGACAAGGAAAACGAAGAUGUUCCCUCAAAGUGGCGAACUGAGGAGGAAAUGGCUGCAGAAGCUUCGGUCUUGAGGAACCUUCUCAGUUAGUCUACUCCGGGCCACACAGCUGUAGUCCUCCAUCAGAAGUGCAGCUGGAUGCUCUCUGGAAAUUCAUAUGCUUUGUCCAUCUGUGGUACCACCAAAUAACUUUGUUUUUGUUUUUGUUAUUGUUACUAUCCAAUAAACCACUGACAGAGUGA